AUGGCGCUUGCAUAUAAUAAUUACGUGCUGCCCACGGUAUAUGCACGCUUCCGCAAUAUGUCACGCCGAGACAAUGUAGAUGUGAAAUAUAUUGACACAGAAUUUUCUUCCGGAGACUCUAAAAAUGUCAAAUCCCAACGAUACCAGGAGGAAAACAAUAACGAGGUCGAUGAGCUUUCGAAGGACCUGUCCGAGAUGGGCUGCACAAUGGGGGCAGUCAAGAGGCCUCCUAACAUUUGUGUUGAAUCGUACGUGUUCGAAUCGGAAAAUGAAAAGUCUGAGACUUGCGGUGAUGACGCGUAUUCGGACGAGUUUGAGGAUGACAACAGCGGGGGAGAGGAAGAUGAGGACACUGUAAAAACUGAACUGAAAUCUUCCAUGAGUGACACCAUAAGAGAAGAGAUACUAACCAACUCUACUUUAAAAUUAACUAAGAGUCAGUCUACUAUGUUUAAUACUAACCCACCGCCGUCUGUUUCUACGAGUGGCAGAUCCACUAGUUUUGGGUCAGUGUCAGUCCCCUCAACACGUCGUAUGAAUAUGUCGUUUACAAACGAUCGCUUACGUGAGAUCCAAAGGCACAACCAUAUACUCCUGACAAAGAUACUAAGUGCUAGAAACACUAAGAAAUCCUCUAUACCGCCCACAGAACAGGCCCCAAGAAAACCUAUACCAUCAGCAGCAGUAACUAGGAAAAAUAAACAAAAACAGAUCGAUCACGAUAAUAUGAUACUCUUAAAAAAGAUCCAGCGUGCUAAGUCUUCGGCGUAUAGCAUCCGCCGCUGA